GGAAGUGAAACCCUCCGCUGCUGCUACUGCUGUUGGGUGGGUGAAGCACUUGAUUCAGAAAGUUGGGCUGCCUCUGACGGCUCCUGGGCUUUGAGAAAUGGACAGCCAAGGACGAAAAGUGGUGGUUUGCGACAACGGUACAGGGUUUGUCAAAUGUGGCUAUGCAGGAUCCAACUUUCCAGAGCACAUUUUUCCAGCACUGGUGGGCAGACCCAUCAUCCGAUCCACAGCCAAAGUGGGCAACAUUGAGAUUAAGAAUAACAAAAAAAUGGAUUUGAUGGUGGGAGAUGAGGCGAGUGAACUGCGCUCAAUGCUGGAGGUCAACUAUCCCAUGGAGAAUGGCAUUGUCAGGAACUGGGACGACAUGAAACACCUGUGGGAUUACACUUUUGGACCAGAGAAGCUCAACAUUGAUUCGCGCAACUGCAAGAUCCUCCUUACAGAACCUCCAAUGAACCCCACCAAAAACCGUGAGAAGAUCAUAGAGGUCAUGUUUGAGACGUACCAGUUUGCAGGGGUUUACAUCGCCAUCCAGGCUGUGUUAACACUGUAUGCUCAAGGCCUUCUGACAGGUGUGGUGGUGGAUUCGGGCGAUGGUGUGACCCACAUUUGUCCCGUUUAUGAGGGAUUUUCUCUGCCUCACCUGACAAGAAGGUUGGACAUUGCAGGCAGAGAUAUUACACGUUAUCUCAUUAAGCUGCUCCUUCUGCGAGGUUACGCCUUCAACCACUCUGCAGAUUUCGAGACGGUGCGCAUGAUGAAGGAGAGUCUAUGCUACGUGGGAUACAACAUCGAGCAGGAGCAGAAGCUGGCUCUGGAGACCACUGUACUGGUGGAGUCCUACACGCUUCCCGACGGUCGUGUUAUUAAGGUUGGGGGCGAGCGGUUCGAGGCCCCGGAGGCUCUCUUUCAGCCUCACCUCAUUAACGUUGAAGGGGUCGGGGUGGCCGAACUUCUCUUUAACACCAUUCAGGCAGCAGACAUUGAUACAAGGGCUGAGUUCUAUAAACACAUUGUUUUAUCAGGAGGAUCCACCAUGUACCCUGGUCUGCCCUCUCGACUAGAGAGGGAACUUAAACAGCUUUAUCUUGAGCGUGUACUAAAGGGUGAUGUCAACAAACUCUCUAAAUUCAAGAUCCGGAUCGAGGACCCUCCCCGGCGCAAGCACAUGGUGUUCUUGGGUGGGGCGGUGCUGGCUGACAUCAUGAAAGACAAGGACAACUUCUGGCUGACGCGGGAAGAGUAUCAAGAGAAGGGUGUACGCGUUCUGGAGAAGCUCGGCGUCACAGUCAGAUAAACGGUUCCCGUAAGGCCGCUCCGCUGACUCCCGCAUCUGUCGAACGACCUGUUUUACGUUGCUCAUCUCUUUUGAUGUAGAUUGAUGGAUUGGGAUUGUGAAGAAGGGUACUGGAGAUGUAUUAUUAGUUUUAUUUGGUUUGGUCCUCUGUCCCCGCACUGAACUUACCAGUAACAUGGCAAUGUCGUCAUCAUCAGUCACCUGCUAACAUAUAGUGGCAUAUGUUGGAUUUGGGUCAUUACUACUAUGCAGAACAUUUUUAUGUGCUGGUAAUAUUUGUUAAUAUACUUGAUAAAAUAUUAAAUUAAUACUUUUAAAUAUGAAAAAAAUGAAUGUUAUUUUUAUCAUAGUAUCACAAUUCAAAAAUUGCAGGUGUUUAUUCCAUUUAUUCUCAUUUCAAAUGAAAUAUUUCAAACUAUAAUUGCUUUCUAGAAAAUAUUGUUGAUUUUAGUAAUCUGUUUGUAGUUUAUCUGUCCUCAAUAUCAUCAUCUUUCCCAUUAGUGUUCUGUAAUAUCUAGUUAUUGAUUAAUGAUGUCAUCAUCCUAGAAGUGACAUCAUUUUAGUGAAAAGCAACAGCACAUACAUUAAUUUUAUCAUUGGAAUAUACACAUUUUUACUCUUAACUUCUUUCUUUUUUACAGAAAUCAGUAUGGUAGUAUCAAAAUUUCAAAUGAUUGUUAAAAAUAUCGAAGUUAAUUACAAAUUAUCAUCCUCAUGAUGUUUAUGGUUGGGUUAGAUUAGGCAUUUACUUUUAUAAAAAUAAAAACUGUAUGCAACAUAUUCUUUUUGAAAAGUUAAAGUUUUAAAGGUACUGCAUUAUAAAAGUCAUCCAGUUAUGGAUGGGAGCGAGUAAAAUGUAAUAUGCAAGAGCUUACAGGCUAUUAUGUUUAUGACAGGCAUUAUCAUCACUAUUGCAUUAGAACAGAUACAAGCUGUAAUGAAUUCUUACAGCACCCAUUCAACACUGUUUACUAUGUGUCAGUUAGGUGACUGAUGACCUAAAUGCUUUGUCUUCUCAUAAUGCCUUUUUUUCUGAGGUGACCACAACUGAAAACAAGCAACCAUGAGGUUAUUUUGUUUUCAUUGUGGUCGAGAAGCUUUAACCCUGUAUAGAUUGGGUAAGGUUUCUGUCCCUCUUUGUCAUAUCUGCCUGUUUUUGUUUCAAAUGCUUGUCCGGAAUAACAAGAGGGGUUAACAUGUGCUUUUAAGGGGUUUAAAGAUUGAUCUGUGACUCUGUGGGAUUUUUAUAAGGUAUUUAGUCAGCUACAAUGUAAAAAGUGAAGUUUAAGUUGGAUCAACUUAAAAAAAUUACUUCAAUUGUAACACCCUAAAUAUUUAAGUUCAUUCAACUUAAAAAUUCCCUUCAAUUGGUAACACCUUAAAAAAAGUAAGUUUGUUCAACUUAAAAAAAAAAUAAUAUAGUAAAAUUAAAGUAAUUUUUUAGGUUGAUCCAACUUUUUACAAGCCAAGCUUGUCUUUGGCUAGAUUGUAGUUGCAAAUUGUUUUUUGGCAGACUUCGCCAUAUGUUUUAGCAGUUCAAUGAGAACUGAACAUCCAUGUUGUUUUAUUUGUUAUAUAUAUAUAUAUAUAUAUAUAAAGGAGGGAAAUUGAAAUGAUUUUUUUCUUAGCUGUCCAAUUGUUAUAAUUAUUAUUUUUUACUUUUUAUUAAUUUUUCUUUUUUUGCAGUGCUGUCUGGCAUAGAAUAAAAGAAAAUCGUUUUAUACCGCU